AUGGCCGACGUCCCCGAAACCUUCAACAGUGGGAACGCAAAGCCUCCUCUUAUGCCGGAUGGGGAAGUUCCCUCAUCUGCUCUCCCCCACCCUGAUACUACAGUCGGGCAUGCGCCCGAGGCCAUUUGCGCGACACUGGACUCUGCUGGUGCCACGUCUCAAGGCCCUGAAGUCUCUGACACCGCGGAUGCUUCGGCAAGGAAGGCCCGGCAAGAGAAGGCUGCAUCACGCUUCAAGUCACUGCGGCCAGACAAGCCUGUCAACUACACCUUUCCAGCGCCAAGAGCACCGACUACAACAUCUCUGUCAAACAAACCGUCUGGCCCCAAGCACACCGGUGCUCCCCACUCUGGAUUGUCAGUGGUGGCAUCGUCGGGUGCUGUAGGUUCUACUGAGCACACCAGGAACGAAGAAGGUGCGGUGUCGCUGCAACCCGAACACCAUCCUUCACAGCCAACUGCCACGUCGCCAUCUAACGAGACCCGGACGGCAACUCUCGGGUGCUCUCGCGCAUUUUUGGAUGCUGUCAGGACCGCAUCUUCGCUCGGUGGGCCCCUGUACACGGACUUCAGGCGUACUCAGAAAGCCGUUGCUGCCAGAGAACCUGCGAGGGCAAAGCAGCGUCGAAAUUGGACUCCUGGAAAAGGCUCUGAAACAAUUGCGGCAUGUGGUCGCGAUUGGGUAGCAUGGCCGGAGAACCUUGGUCAGAAGCGAACUUUGGAUGACUUCUUCAAUUUUGCCGGUACGCUGUCGCAGGCAAUUGUUGAACAGUGGUGCAAGAACGUCGUGGACCAGGAAGACAAGGAUCGUGCUGCCGCGGCACAAGGACGCACUGUCAAGGCAGAGGGUCUGGGAACUCUUGGUACGUAG